AUGGAUGAGUACCUCCACACACCCGCCGGGCCUACUCCUGGAACUCCGACCUCCAAAAUGGCGCCACCCUCACCAGCCUCCUCCUGUGCUAGCCUGGACCACACCACGCUAGCUGACAUCGGCGCGGACCUCAAGCGCAUAGCGGCGUCCAUGGUAACAAAGGACGACCUGCAACACCUCUCCACUACCCUGCACGAAGCAAUUAAGUUGGAGGUAGCAGGCCUGAAAACGGACGAUGCAGCUCACGAGACUCGCAUCCACACCGCAGAACAAAAACUACAAGCAGCUGAAACCCACGCUGCUGCCACGGAUACAGCCCUGAAAAGGCAAGGAGCCCUGAUCCUGGCAAUGAGAAGACAACUAGAGGAUCAGGAUAACCGUGGGCGCCGGAAUAAUAUCAGGGUAAGAGGGGUGCCGGAAUCCCCUGAAGGGGAAAAUGUGGAGGAGAUACUCACAUCACUGUUCCGCCUCAUCCUCAAGGAGGACGCGCCAGCACGUAUAAAAUAUGACAGGGCGCACCGGGCCCUUCGACCUCGGCCCUCAGAGGGGACUUCUAGAGACAUAAUCUGCUGCCUCCACUCCUUCCCACUAAAAGAACUAAUUAUGGCGAAAGCCAGGCCCAAAGUGCACUGGCACUAUAGAGGCGCAGAAGUUUCCCUCUUUAAUGAUCUCUCACCGAUGACCUUAGAAGCCAGACGGGCCCUGAGACCAAUCACCACCCUACUGAGGGAAAGGAACAUACCGUAUAAAUGGGGCUACCCAUUUAGCAUUCAAGUACGACGCAACAAUGAGUGGAUCUCAGCCAGAUGGCCGGAAGAGGUACCACUCUUCCUGCAACGCCUGCACCUGCCACCGACACCCAUACCAAACUGGGUCCUGCUGCCAAUAGAACCAAAACCUCUACCACAGCGACAAACCAGGAGGAGAAGAUGGAACUCGCCAGAUAAUCCACCUCACGACUCCCAAACCAGCCCAGCGCACUCAGAAGAAUAACAAACCGGCCAACAGAAGGCGGUGGGCCGCCCCUGAAGACCCUAGGCUCUCAAACCACCGCCAACCACUGCCGCCGUGA